UUAACAAUUCAACCUUCUAAUUAUAUCAGCUAAAAUGAGCUAAGUAUUUUGCUAAACACCCUACUGUCUUUAUACUCUGUCCUUUUAUUUUAGUUUCAUACUCUUCACAGUUUUUCUCCUUUUCCCGACUUCCUCUCUUCCUCAGUUUUUCCAGGAUGAACUUCUUCAAAUCGGUCUUCGCAGAUGAAGACCUAGAACCAGAUCAAUCAUCUCCAAUCUCAAAUCCACAAUCAUCCUCCGAACCUGAAUCCGAACCCCAACCUCAAUCUCCCGUUCAUGAAGAUCAAUCAACAACACCCACAUGGGGUUUCGUCGGCGGUUUAAUUAAAACUUUUGCGACCAAAUCAGAAUCAGUCCUCGAAACUUACCGUCGUGAUUUGCAAGAAUUCAGUACUGGUCUUAAAAAAGAAACCCAAGUUCUCAAAGAAGUUGCUAGUUCUUCUCUUGAAGUGGGUGCUUCUCGUGCUCAAGAAUCGCUUGAAUCUGUUGGUCAAGCUAUUGAUUCUCUUGGAUCUGUUGUUUCCCAGAUAAUUAUUCAAGGUAAAGAAUCUGAUCUUGAUACUCCUGAGUUUAAUUCGAAUGCGAAUGUUAAUUUGAAUGUUGGGAAUUCGCCUGGGAGAAAGUAUAGUAGAUUUGAUGCGCAGUUAAGAGCGAUUCAAUGUGAUGUGAAUACCUAUGUCGAGGAAUUUGAUGAUGUGGGUGAUUUUGAGAAGUGGAAAUUAGGGUUUAAUUUGGAGGAGAAGAGGGAAGAGAUUGAUAAUUUGAUGAAAGAGAAUGGAACUAUGGAAGGGAUUUACAAAAGGGUAGUUCCAGAUGUUGUUGAACAUGAUGUUUUUUGGUUUAGGUAUUACUAUAGAGUUUAUAAAUUGGAACAAGCUGAGAGUUUUAGAGCUAAGUUAGUUGAAAGAGCUAAUGAAGAUGAGGAUUUGAGUUGGGAUGUUGAUGAUGAAGAUGAUGAUAAUAAUGUGAUUGAUAAGAAGAUGGUAAAAGAUGAUGAUACUAUUAUGGAUGACAAGAAGAUGGUGAAUGAUGAUGAUAAUAUUGUGAGCGACAAGAAGAUGGUGAAUGAUGAUGAUAAUGUAAAUGAUAAGAAAAUGAUGCAUGAUGAUGAGGAAGAUUCUAUGAGCCCGUCGAAGGAGAUUACACCAGAAGAGCCAAAUUCAGCAGGGAAUGAAGAUUUGAAGGAGAAGGGUGUUGUUGAGAAAGCACCUGCACCACCCUUAGUUGAAGAGAAGGCUCCUUCAGAAGGGAGUAAAGAUAGUGACAUUUCAGUGGUGUCGAGCCAACCAUCGUCUCGUGUUGAGGAGGAAGAUCUCGGUUGGGAUGAAAUUGAGGAUCUGGGAAGUGAUGAUGAUGUUGAUGAGAAAAAAGGGAAGCAAUUUGAGGGUAGUAGUUCUAGUCCUGGCAACAGGGAUGAAUUGCGAAAGCGAUUGAGUGUUGCAGAAGAGGAUGAAGAUUUGAGUUGGGAUAUUGAAGAUGAUGAUGAACCAAUCAAUAAGAGAUAAAAAUGGAAAGCAUCAUUAAGUGAUUUGAAGACUUAGGAAUCAUUAUUUUCCAGGUAACAAUGCUUAGAAUUGUACAACAUGGAAACAUCAAUUUAUGUGAUCACAUCCUCAUCGAGCAAUACAAGCUCCUCCUGCUCAAGUGUCCUGAAUCUCAAUGCUCAACAAUGCUGUCGGUGUAAUUCGAUCAAGGCAUCAUUUGUUUCUUUUUAUCUAUGCUUUUUUUAUUGCAUAUUCAUGAGCAAUAAAGGAUAACACAUGAUAUGCAUUAUGUAAAUGUCCAAAGUAGUCAGUAAUGCGUGUAAUAACUCUUUGGAGUGGCUAUUGAAUUUAUGUUAUUGUGCAUUUUACAGAACAGGUAUCAAAUAUAGAAAGGUUAUAGAUUCCCUUUUGAAAGAAGAAAGGUUUAUAAACAUUUGAAUGUCCUCCCACAGUAAUUUUAUGCAACAAUUCCCUUCUUAUAUCCUACGAUUAUUAAGGAUUAUAUGAUUGAAGACAAAAGUUGGUCGCCAACAGAAUGAGGUUGCCAGGUUACAUCUUUCUGAUUGGUCUGGUGUUGCUGAGUCUGUGGGUGAAAUUGUCUAAUGUAAAAGUGUAAAAUGACUAUUCAGCCUAUCAAAUGCUAGUAUUAUUGUGUCAUAAAAACACUUAUCUUUGUACAAGCUGAAUAUUUCUUUCUUGUAAACUUAUCAUAUAAGGGCCCAUUUAUCUAUUUACAUUACCCAUGAUUAAGAUUUAAGAAUUCCCAUAAAAAAUAAAAAAAAAAUAAAAAACUCCAUUCCCUUUUUUUUCUCUUAUUUUCAUUCCUAUCCAAAUAAUAAACUUAAAUGAUGAUUAAUACUCCUUCCAUCAAUUCAAUUGCCCAAAAA